UGAGGUGGGGAUGGAAUACCAGGUGGGGGAGUUCGGUUCCGACGACUGCUAUUUUGCUACUUUCCAUCUGUGUAACGUAUCAACAAGCCGGGGAAGGUGGAAAGAACAAGGAGAAAUAAGAAAAAAAAAAUAAAGAAAGAAGACGAAGGAGAAGAAGCCUCGAAGUCGGUCUUAUUUUGGCCGCUAACGAAAAAAUGUGACAACGCAGCCACGUCGUCCGUCGUAGCGCGAGUCCAGUCAGAGGCAGAGACGCAGAGAAGAUGCGGGGAAUAGCUGAAAGGAUGGUCUCCCGAUUUUUCGUGGAUAAAAGAAAAUAUACGCUACUGGUCGAAAGAUAUACGUAAGGCUGUACCGAAUUGGCCCGGGUUUGAGAGAGGAGUCAACGGAUUGGCGGACCAAGUCCACACACGCGAGAUGAGGGACUUUUGCGUUCGACAAUGACAGAUUUUUACCCCCCGAGAAGAUGUGUCACUAACUUUGACACUGGACGAUGAUGUUCCUGACGAUAAUAUCAGUACUGUGCCUAGGUAUCGGAGCUUUUACCCAGAGUCAGCAAAUUGACAGCAAACAGCUACAAUGUUUAGUUUGCAGAACUACCAUGGAUGAGCUGGAGGCAGAAAUAGCUAAAAUCGAUCCAUCAGUUUCCAUUGAUGUUGGUAACUACCGACUGGACGCAAAUGGAAAUGUGAAACAAAAGUCUAUUCCUCUCGCCAGAUCUGAAGUGCACAUUUCUGACAUGCUCGACAGUAUAUGCGCCAAACUUGACGACUAUGUCAGAGCUACGUACAAAUCAACCGGUCAACUUACGCUUCUAAGAAUAAUGGAUCCUACCGGAGGAAUGAAUCCUGACAUCAGCAAAGUGGACAUUGUUCAAGACGGAGAUUUGAACAAAAGCCUCAAAUUCUAUUGCGAAGGCAUCGUUGAUGAGUUUGAAGAUGAUAUAGUCCAGUUGUUCAGCAAGGGAACUAAAGACAUCGAUGUCAAGGUCUGUACGGAUGUGGCAAACUUCUGUUCGGACACUGUAUCUGGUGAGGAUGAAUUCGCGGAGGACGAUGAUUUCACAGAGAGAGAUGAAUUGUGAUGAAAAACGAGAAACAGACGUUGGUGAAGAAAGUUCGUAGCAGUUUUACAAAUUUUGUACAAUGUUAAACAAAUUCGUUCCGCAGCUUCGGUUUCACCCGCGUAAUUAUAUUUAACUCGGUGAUUAAAAAAAUGUGAAAUUGUGAGAAAUAGAAAUGAUUCUCUUCUCACAAAAUUACUCACCGUGUAUUUAAUAAGUUAUUUACGAGGUUAGCCACGAAUUUCUAUUGACUGUCGGCUUGAACUGAUAUUCGUACAUACAUUUGCCUGCUGUUACAGCUGUAAAUAAAUCAACUCCUCAUGGCAACGAUUGUUGAUCAGAUGUAAUUACGCGCCAAUCUAUUGUACAUGAUUGUAUACAGCAUCUCGUUGAUACCUCAGUACAAUAUUUCAGUAGGCACUGAAGUUUUGUACGACAAAACGAUAUAUUUAGUUCAUGCGAAUGAAAUUUAUCUACUGAUUCUUUUUUUUUUUCGUAAAAUAUAUUUCGUAUUUUCUCUUUUUGCUGUGCUUUGCGCAAUUGUGUUGCGUAUCACCGUUAUGCCAGCGAAUGUAUAAUUAGAAAUUUGUUGCAAGAUUGUUGAAUCUGAUUAGAAUUCUAUACGGAGAUUGUAUAUGAUUCAUGUAUUUUUCUUGUGGAAAAUUAGAUUAAAAUGUUAAUUAUACGGUCAAUAUGACUCGAACGAGCAAUUACUAUUUCUAGUAAUUGCGAGGCAAUACAACCGAUUCAGUAUCGUGUCGCUUCAAGCACUUAAAUAUUAUUCGCAAUAAAACAGGUUAUCUGAAUUUAAA